UGUAUUAUUCUCUAUAUUGCAGACCGAAAGGAACGCUUUAUGAUAAAGCAGGCGAUGGUGGAGUGGGAGCGCUACACGUGUCUGAAAUUCCGACAGGCCACCAGCGCUGACAGAAACCUCAUCAGGUUCCAGAAUGGAGAGGGGUGCGUAUACACAGUUUAACUUUACAAUGGAGAGGGGUGCGUAUACACAGUUUAACUUUACAGUGGAGAGGGUGCGUAUACACAGUUUAAGUUUACAGUGGAGAGGGGUGCGUAUACACAGUUUAAGUUUACAGUGGAGGGGUGCGUGUACACAGUUUAACUUUACAUUGGAGAGGGGUGCGUAUACACAGUUUAACUUUACAUUGGAGAGGGGUGCGUAUACAUACUUUAACUUUACAGCGAGGAGGGUGGGGGGUGGGGGGGUGCGUAUACACACUUUAAAUGCAUAUGAUUUUAGACGAAAUACACAACCCGUUGUGGUUAUAUCAAUACAUAUAUCUGAUUUCAGACGAAAUACACAACUCGUGGUUAUAUCUCUACAUAUAUCUGAUUUCAGACUAACUACACAACUCGUGGUUAUAUCUCUACAUAUAUCUGAUUUCAGACUAAAUACACAACUCGUGGUGGUUGUAUCUCUACAUAUAUCUGAUUUCAGACUAAAUACACAACUCGUGGUGGUUGUAUCUCUACAUAUAUCUGAUUUCAGACUAAAUACACAACUCGUUGUGGUUGUAUCUCUACAUAUAUCUGAUUUCAGACUAAAUACACAACUCGUGGUUAUAUCUCUACAUAUAUCUGAUUUCAGAAGAAAUACACAACUCGUGGUGGUUAUAUCUGUACAUAUAUCUUAUUUCAGACUAAAUACACAACUCGUGGUGGUUAUAUCUCUACAUAUAUCUGAUUUCAGACUAACUACACAACUCGUGGUUAUAUCUCUACAUAUAUCUGAUUUCAGACUAAAUACACAACUCGUGGUGGUUAUAUCUCUACAUAUAUCUGAUUUCAGACUAAAUACACAACUCGUGGUGAUCAUAUCUGUACAUAUAUCUGAUUUCGGACUAAAUACACAACUCGUGGUGGUUAUAUCUGUACAUAUAUCUGAUUUCAGACUAAAUACACAACUCGUGGUGGUUGUAUCUCUACAUAUAUCUGAUUUCAGACUAAAUACACAACUCGUGGUGAUCAUAUCUGUACAUAUAUCUGAUUUCGGACUAAAUACACAACUCGUGGUGGUUAUAUCUGUACAUAUAUCUGAUUUCAGACUAAAUACACAACUCGUGGUUAUAUCUCUACAUAUAUCUGAUUUCAGACUAACUACACAACUCGUGGCUAUAUCUCUAUAUAUAUCUGAUUUCAGACUAAAUACACAACUCGUGGUGGUUGUAUGUCUACAUAUAUCUGAUUUCAGACUAAAUACACAACUCGUGGUGGUUAUAUCUCUACAUAUAUCUGAUUUCAGACUAAAUACACAACUCGUUGUGGUUAUAUCUCUACAUAUAUCUGAUUUCAGACUAAAUACACAACUCGUGGUGGUUAUAUCUCUACAUAUAUCUGAUAUCAAACUAAAUACACAACUCGUGGUGGUUAUAUCUCUACAUAUAUCUGAUUUCAGACUAACUACACAACUCGUAGUUAUAUUGCUACAUAUAUCUGAUUUCAGACUAAAUACACAACUCGUGGUGGUUAUAUCUCUACAUAUAUCUGAUUUCAGACUAAAUACACAACUCGUGGUGAUUAUAUCUGUACAUAUAUCUGAUUUCAGACUAAAUACACAACUCGUGGUUAUAUCUCUACAUAUAUCUGAUUUCAGAUGCAACUCUCAGAUCGGGAUGGUUGGUGGUGUGCAGGUUCUAAACCUUGAGGCGCCCGGAUGUAGAUUCAGAGGUCUGUACCUUCACGAGAUCGGCCACGCCAUUGGCCUGGUUCACGAACAUCAGCUACCGAACCGUGACAACUACAUCGACAUCCUCUACCAGAACGUGGCGCCGCACAUGCGCGUUUGGUUCAACAAGUACAACCGGAACAAGGUGGACCAAGACAAUGUCGAUUAUGAAUAUUCAUCAGUGAUGCAUUAUGGGAUUACGGCGUUCGCCUAUGACGGAAAGUCGCAGACUAUUCGUGCCAAAGACCCUAGUAAGGAAGAAUCCAUCGGCAGAGUCUACCAGAAGGAACUCGCCUUUAGUGACGUCAAGGCCGUCAACAUCAUGUAUCAGUGUGAGGCGCUUUGUCCAAAGAAUGUUCGCUGCAAUGAUGGUGGAUUCGUAGACCAAAACUGCAAGUGUGUUUGCCGGGACGGAACUAAAAACUGUCAAGAGGGUGCAAGUGACGAGGACACGACAGAUAGUUCGUGUGUGAACGAGUACGACGACUGGCAGUGCACAAUCUGGUCGCAGUCCGGAGAGUGUCAGCGCAAUUCUAAGUUCAUGAACGUGUACUGCAAGAAGGCUUGCCAGAUCUGUGGCAAAACGGACGUCGACAUCAGUGACAACCACUUCACGACGUGGGCGUGGCAGUGGUUUGGUAUUUUCGCUAAUAUGAUGCCAAAGGACUGGAUCAUAGGAGUCUGUAAAGACAUGUACUCCGCCGAGAAGUGUUCAACAUGGCGGACACUUGGCGAGUGUGCCACCAACAAAUGGUGGAUGGAGAGGAACUGCAAGAAGACGUGUAACACCUGCCAGAAAGAGACAGACCAAGAGGAAACCAAGUGUGAGAACAGCAAUUCUGACGCGGAGUGCACGCAGUGGGCGAACGAGGGCGAGUGUCAGAUUAACCCCUCGUGGAUGGUCGAGAACUGCCGGAAAGCGUGCCGCAUGUGUCAUACCACUUACGUCCCAGACCCGGAUGACGGAGACGAAGACGGAGGGUCUGAUGUGUGCGAUAACAAACACAACGACAAGGCGGCUUGUGUAAGGUGGGCUCGACGGGGGGAGUGUGAAAAGAACCCCACCUGGAUGGUACCAAACUGCAGGAAGGCGUGUGGAAAAUGUAUGGAUAGCCAGUGUAAAAAUAUUUACGAAGACCGGCAGUGUGAGAUUUGGUCAUCAGAAAACGAAUGUAAGAAGAAUCCUUCGUGGAUGAAGAUAAACUGCGCGUUGUCUUGUAAAGUCUGUUCCCCCGAUGAUGGAACUGGAACCGGUACUGGAACCGGAACCGACACCGGAACCGGAACUGGAACUGGAACUGGAACUGGAACAGGAACAGGAACUGGAACAGGUUCGUGCAUCAAUGAUCACAACAACGUGGAAUGCGAGCUCUGGGCCAAGAAUGACCACUGCAACAUCAACCCCAGCUGGAUGCACAGCCACUGCAAGAGAUCGUGCAACCUGUGCAGCGAUGUCGAUGACGAAGACACACCAGACACUGGAGAAUCCAGUGUGUGUGAAAACACACACAGUGACGAGGCGGCCUGUGAUGGGUGGGCUCGACGGGGGGAAUGUAUAAAGAACCCCACCUGGAUGAUACCAAACUGCAGAAGGCGUGUGGGAAAUGUAUGGUUGGAAUGGACGAAAACAUUGGAUCACCUUUGACCGGAAGUUCUAUUCUUGCAAUGGCGAUCUCACUAACGCUGUGUCUACUUUGAGAAUAGGAAACAGAUAGAAGUUUACAAUAAUUUUGACGGUUGUGGAACUGACUUCAUACCUAUAAAGAAUGUGGACCACGGUUUAUAACUGACUACAUUUGACAUUUUGAGUGCAACUGGUAAAAAUGUAUCGGGUGAUUCCUAAUAGCAGAAAGCAGAGAAUGCAACACAGAACAUUGUAAAUGUGUACACAACCAGUUUAUUUUGUUGUUUAUUGAUGACUGAAUUGUUACUUUGAUAAAAAAAAAAGCUCAUUAUUAAACUAAUGCCUGAUACAUAAUGUAAUGAUAAAACAUGUAGUAUCAAUGAGAAGCACAUCAGGAUCUACUAGUGAUGUCCCAAUUAUCGAUUAUAAUUUGAAAAUUGAUUGGUUAAGCCGUACCGAUUUAAUCAUCGAUUAUCGAAAUUCAUAAUCAGUUGUGUGGGGAAAUGUUAACUGUAAUCAUUCCUUAGUUUAGAUGAUGGAAUUAAUGUAAAUAUGUUUGUGUUCAUGUGUGCAAAAAGAAAAAGAUAUCAAAUAGUUAUAAAAUGUAAAAUUAGCAAUUUAUAGGGUUUGUUCCAGUAAACAUGACAAUAGGAUAGUUCAAAUUCUUCUAACGUUUAUAGAAUUCUAACCGAUUGUAUAUCGAACGUUAAUCAGUUGGUGCAAAAAGAUUAUAACUGAUGAUGAAACUGCAACCAGUUCUCAACACUACUUCUAUUUCACACUGUAGCCCUGAGUGAAAAACAGUUCCUUACUUCAGGGUCCAGACGUAGCCCAGUGGUAAAGCGAUCGCAUGAUGCGCGGUCGGUUUGGGAUCGAUCCCCGUCAGUGGGUCCAUUGGGCUAUUUCUCGCUCCAGCCAGUGCACCACGACUGGUACAUCAAA